AUGGGUUGUGGUUUUCUCCAAGAAAACUUUGAAUUUAUGAGUAAUAAUCAUUUACGUGGCAAACCUGAUCUUAUUGUGGGAAUACUCGGUUUAGGAUCAGGACAAUGGUCUUUUACAAAUCAGUUAGGUGCUGUUGGACAAGGUAAAUUUUCUUACUGCUUCGAGAUGUUUAACUCGAAAAUUGAGGGGUCGAAUACAUACUUAAGGUUUGGUGCAGAUGCGAUCAUUGGAGGAGCAGGUCAAAAAGUACAUAGAACUUUUAUUGUUGUGACUCAAUUUCGGACGCAACUCUAUUACUUAAAUAUUGAAGAUAUCAGUGUAGGUAACAAAAGAAUAGGAUUUCCUAGAGGUGCUUUCGAUCUUAACAGUCAAGGAAAAGGCGGUAUUGUCAUAGAUUCUGGCACUCCAAUAUCUAUGAUGUAUAAAGAUCAUUUUGAUAGAGUUAUAGAUUUGGUUAAGGCACAUUUUAACGACCUUGGAAUUGAAUAUAUUGGUUUUAUACAAAGUUUUGAUGCAUGUUUCCGUUUACGCGGAAGAUUUGAUAUUAGUAACUAUCCUUCCAUAACACUUCAUUUUCAACAGAACGAUUAUGUUAUUCAAGUGUACAAAGCUAAUUUCUUGAUGGAAACUGUUGAAACUGUGUGUUUGGGCAUUUUCAGAUGGAAUAGCUCUAGUGUUCUAACUUUUGUUCUAGGAGCAAUGCAACAAGCUAAUAAGCGCAUUUUAUAUAAUGUUAUGGACCAGUCACUCUCAUUCGCUACAGAGUAUUGUGAAUUAGGUUCAUAA